AUGCAGGCGCGGCGUCUAGCCAAGCGCUCCAGCUUGGGCAGCCGCCGGGGGGGCGCCGCGCUGCCCGGCCUCGCGCCCCCGGCCCCGGCCCCGGCCCCGGCUCACGAGAGCUGGAGGCCGCCGCUGCCGCCGCCGCGCAGCGCCGGGACCGGCCCCCCUCGGGCCGCCGGGGCUGCGGCCGCCUCGUCGCCGGUGCUGCUGCUUCUGGGCGAGGAAGACGAGGACGAGGAGGUUGGGAGCAGGCGGCGCAGGGGGCUCGGGCGGGUGGCGGAGAAGCCCCGAGGGGGCACGGAGGAGGAGGAGGACGACGACGAAGACGACGACGAGGAGGUGGUCGUCGAGGUGGUGGACGGCGACGACGACGACGACGACGGCGAGGAGCGUUUCGUGCCCCUCGGACCUUGCCGCGCGGUCCCCAAGGGCCCGGCCCGGGGCGCGUUGAAGGUGGGGAGCAUUAAGCGGGAAAUGACCUUCACAUUUCAAUCAGAGGACUUAAAACGUGACUCUAGUAAAAAAAUGUCUCUUCAACACUUGUUCCCCUUGGCCGUGGGGGAAGAUAUGAAAACAGCAGACACCAAAAAAGCCAGCUGGGUCCUUGACCAUGAAAAAGAAAACACUCGCUCCAUCUGUCUUCUUGAGCAAAAACGAAAAGUUGUUUCUUCCAGUAUUGAUGUUCCUCCAGCAAGGAAAUCUUCAGAGGAACUAGACAUGGACAAGGUGACAGCAGCAAUGGUACUAACCAGCUUGUCAACCAGCCCCUUGGUUCGAAGCCCUCCUGUGCGGCCAAAUGAGGGCCUCAGCGGAUCCUGGAAGGAGGGCGGCUGCGUGCCGUCCAGCACCGGCAGCAGCGGCUACUGGAGCUGGGGCGCCCCCAGCGACCAGUCCAACCCGUCCACGCCGUCGCCGCCGCUGUCGGCCGACAGCUUCAAGCCCUUCCGCAGCCCCGCGCAACCGGACGACGGCUUCGACGAGGCCGAAGCCGGCAACCUGCUCUUUGACGAGCCCAUUCCCAGGAAGAGAAAGAACUCCAUGAAAGUGAUGUUCAAAUGCCUCUGGAAAAACUGUGGGAAGGUGCUGAGCACUGCGGCAGGUAUCCAAAAACACAUCCGGACCAUUCAUCUUGGGCGCAUUGGGGACUCUGACUACAGUGAUGGAGAAGAGGACUUUUACUACACUGAGAUCAAGCUCAACACAGACUCAGUGGCAGACGGACUGAGCAGCCUGGCCCCGGUUUCGCCCUCCCAGUCCUUGGCUUCGCCUCCUACUUUCCCCAUCCCAGAUUCAAGCCGGGCAGAAACUCCUUGCGCCAAAACCGAGACUAAACUGAUGACUCCCUUGAGCCGCUCAGCUCCAACUACCCUCUACCUCGUGCACACUGACCAUGCUUACCAGGCCACACCCCCUGUGACCAUUCCAGGAUCAGCAAAGUUCACCCCCAAUGGCAGCAGCUUCAGCAUUUCUUGGCAGUCUCCUCCAGUCACUUUCACAGGCAUUCCAGUGUCCCCAACACAUCAUCAUCCUGUGGGCACAGGGGAGCAGAGACAACACGCUCACACAGUCCUGUCCUCCCCACCCAGAGGGACGGUCAGCCUAAGGAAGCCCAGGGGCGAGGGCAAGAAGUGCCGGAAGGUGUAUGGGAUGGAGAACCGAGACAUGUGGUGUACUGCCUGCCGCUGGAAGAAAGCCUGCCAGAGGUUCAUCGACUGAGAGGCCCCCAGGCAGAGGGGCCAGCACCCUGGGCCACUUUUGCCCUUGCCCUCCACUGCAGGUGUUGGAAAGAGCUUUUCCUUCUGAACAAAAUGCACCUGAAGCCCAGGAAAAGCACUUCCAGGAACCUUGGUGGUGGAAUUGCAGCAAAAAAAAAAAAAAAGAAAGUCACCAUCCUCACUGCUCUUACUGAGAACCCAGCCUGGAGCAGCUCUAACUACUUUUUUCUCUUCAAAAGAAAAGUCACCUUUUUUUGCUGUAUGUCUGAGUCUUAAAACUGUGGGCUUCUGUUGCAAUUGAACCAACAAAGCCCAUUUUACCUAGAAAGGAAGCAUAUUUUGAUAAACUUUCUGAAUUAUGCUGUUUCUGAGAUUUUUUUUUUUUUGACACCCACAAAAAUAAGCUACACAUCAUUCAGUAGCAUUUGUACAAAGAACAAUAUCUGCUUUCAUUGUGAAUAGUCUUUUCCCUGUUUCCUAUUUGACUUCUUGGAGCAGUACACAUCAUAAUGUGUUGCAGGAAAGUGCAGCAUUCUGAGUACGUUUUCCAUGUCUUCUUUGUUUGUUUUAAGAAUGACCCCAGAUUGAACCAUGGUAGAGCUGUCAGCUUGGAGGGCCCCAGAUGACAUAAACUGGGAAAGCGAUUGGCAACGGAAAUCACCAGCAGACUUCAGCCCAAGCUGAGUUCAGGAAAUCCCACUGUCGCUAUUGGGAAACAUCUGGGAGUCUUCCUUGAUCUAUAAGAAGCUGUUCCCCGAGAGGCAGCACAGCUAACUCUCUCCCUGCCACAGCUCAGUCAAGAACUGGCACCAGUAGCCAUCUGGGUAAGCCUUGAUGCUUCUUUCAGGGAUGUGAUACAACCGCAGCUCGGAUCUGUUUGUUACUGCUUGUCUGUCGAGACUGUAGCCAGGUUAAGGGUCAUCGGUCCUUCCCUCAAAACUCCACCACUGACUGAUUUCAGAAAGGUAGAGAACUCCAGUCUAUCCCAGCAGGUUUGCUUUAGACAUCAGGGCACAGCUGACAUGUCCCCAUCUGUUCAGAAAGUCGUGUUAGGUCAACAAACCAACUUCCAUUCUGAGUGCACUUUCAUAGGUUUUAUGCUUUAGGUGUCUGGGAGAUGGGUUAAUGAACAAUAUAAACAUUAUAUGGAUAAAUGGAAGAUCCAAACCUUUAUUUUUCUUAUAAAAAUAUCGGAGCUAUUAAGAAUUUGCUCAGAAGGGAACACACAACACCAAAAGGAAACACAUGUUGGUAUAGGAAUUUCUCAAUUUACUAGGGCCAGGGCUUGCACUGUGUUCCACUUAUUGGGCUUUCUAACCUGUUGUAUUUGCUUAUUUGUUUGGGUGGGUGGCAGUGCUGUAAGAAGGGAGUUGUUGUCAAGCCCUAUAAAUAAGCUCAUUCUCUACCUACCCUACUCUCAACUGCCCUGCUAAAGAGCUAUUUCUCCUAUACCUAUGCAAAGAGGUAAGAGCACCUUAUAGGAGGCACUGUGUAGGAAUGGGGGAUACAGGAUCAGCCGUAGGAAUGUUAAAUGAAAUUGCACAGAGGAAAGUUUAAUAUAUGUUUAGAGACUGUACGUAUGCUUGUUUUAAAGAGUAGAAAGAAGUCAUCUAGUAAUACGGUAUCUUUUUUUAUAUAAGCAAGGAAAAUAUAAGGAACUUCUACAGUGCAACAGGCACAAUCUGUUGCACUCAUAUAUUUUGGCAAUUUUAUUUUUUAAACUCUCAUAUGACUCUUAAAAAAUUAUUCCUUGGGAG